AUGAGUUUGAGUCAGCUUAUAUCCUUAGGCAGCAGCUCCGCGUCGCUGUUAAAAGACAUAAUUAGGUCUAAAUUAGGAUCACUAUUUCAGCCUAAACCUAACCAUGAGUACCUGCUCCCGAGUAUUCUCUCUUACUCUGGCUUUCUCAUCCUAGUUUGUACAGCGUAUAAGUUGUACGAAAAGUACUACGAAGGAAACGAAGACAAACUCGAGUUAGCCGGAACCACGGUGUUUGACAUGCACCCUGCCGACUGGGCAAAGGAACAGAAGGAUCUAUCUGGCCAAAACGAUAUGAGCAAUGAGCAGAAUGCAGGUGGCAACGAAGAUUAUGCCGAGGAGGAAGUCGAUGAAGAGGAGAACGAGGAAGAACUAGACGAAGAAUUAGGCGAGGAAUUAGAUGAAGAUUAUGGAGAUGCGUAUGGGGAGGAAUAUGGAGAAAUGAUUGACCAGCGUUAUGGAGAGAACUAUGGCGGAGAAUACGGCGAGGAAUACGACGAAGAAGACGGUGACGAGUACAACGACGAAAAGAUCUAUGGGCCAGAUGACGAAGGGGUAACUCAAGGGGACGAUGAAUGGCUAUAUCCAGACGAUCAACAGGGUGGAUUGGAUUACCAAUUAAAUGGUGAGAAAAUUCCAGUCAAAUAG